AUGGCAGGAAUUCUGCCAUGUAAAGGCUGUCAGCAGAACUUCUGCCAAGUUCACAUGAACGAACAUCGACAAGAACUAGAAACCCAUUUUCAACGUGUAUUGAGUGAUCGCGAUUUACUUUAUCAACAAAUAUAUUCGGAAACUUCUCCGACUCAUGCCCAAGCAUUAGAUUUUAUCUCACAAUGGGAAAGAGAAACUAUUGAGAAGAUAAAAACCAUUUCUGAUCAAGCUCGACGACAGGUGCAAGAUCUUCUCGGUGAGAAGCGGCUUAGACUAAAAGAGAAAUAUGAUCAAUUGUCGGCUGAACUUCGUCAAAAAAAGAACGACAGUCACUUUUUUGAACAGGACAUUGAUAGAUUAAGUAAAACACUUGAGGAAGUGAAACUUGACUGUGAACAUAAGCACAUGCCGACUACGGUGACGGUUGAAGCUAGAAUAAUCGAUUUUGAUAAUGUUUUUUACAUAACAAAUGGCAACCAAAACCAGUUAUUCAUAGGUGGAACACUAUUAGAUAACAAACAACAUCAAUUCACA